UGUAGAUAACAAUAAAGUCCUUCCUGGCAAAUAUACAAAAUUUGGCGUCCUGUUUUCAAAUUCGGCGAAUGGACCCACUAUUUACACGCGCACGCAGCUUUAUCGGACAGGUGUACCGGAGAAAGAGGAGCGCCGAAAGAAAGAGAUAUGGCUUCCAAGCGAUCCUCAUUCAAGAUAAUAUUGGGCUCGUCGUCAGUGGCUCGUCGGCGGAUUCUAGCGGAAAUGGGAUAUGAAUUCACAAUUGUGACUGCAGACAUAGAUGAGAAAGGUAUCAGGAAGGAAACGCCGGAGGAGUUAGUCAUGGCUCUUGCUGAGGCCAAGGCAGAUGCCAUCUUAUCAAAGCUUCAAAUUAAGGAUUAUUUAGCGGAGGAUUUGCCUCCAACACUGUUAAUUACAGCAGACACAGUGGUGGAGUAUAAAGGAACAAUUAGAGAAAAGCCGUCCAGUGAGGAAGAAGCACGCGAAUUUGUCAAAGGCUAUUCUGGCAGUCAUGGAGGAGUUGUAGGAUCUGUACUUGUAACCAACCUUAAGACGGGAACCAGAAAAGGAGGAUGGGAAAGAGCAGAGGUUUAUUUUUAUGACAUUCCAGACGAAGUCAUUGAUAACAUGAUUGAGGAGGGGAUCUCUUUAAAUGUCGCUGGGGGUUUAAUGCUCGAACAUCCACUAACGUUGCCUUUUGUCGAAUCUGUGGUUGGGAGCACUGAUUGUGUGAUGGGACUUCCGAAAGCUUUAACAGAAUCCCUCAUCCAGGAAGCCCUCUAGCAGCUGUAAUCGUUUCACCAUCAUUUUGAUUGAACCAGAAAACAACUGGAGAUGAGUCUAUGAACUCAAAAUUUUGAACCAUCGCUUUGAAAUUACCAGCAGACUGGCCAUUACAUACACCUGCAAGUUAAUUCUGUCUAGCCCAUGUUUCUUGUUUACAUUGAAUUAGAUCACAACUGAUUCAAUCAUCAACUUCAUAAAAAACAAACAGUUUUGAUGAUGUUCUUUGACGACUCCCACAUCCAAGGAGCUCAUAAGAUUCAAAAUAUGCUAGUCAAUUCAUGGAGCACUGUGAAUCUGGUGCACCAUAUUAUGAAGUUGUGAUAAUGCAUGAGUUGCUUUCAUAAGAA